GGAAGGCGUCUCUAGAAUCUCUCUGUGUCUCUGUAUGAUCCUCACACACACACACACAGUCUCGGGAUGAAGACUCCACACACACCUCGUUUGUACAUCCUCGUCCUCCUGGUCCUGAACACCGCUCCAGGACUGUCAGACUUUGCACCGUAUUUCCAUGACAAUGGGAACAUGGCACUCUUUAGCAUCUCUGAAGACACUCCAGUCGGAUCUCAGGUGUUCACACUGAAUGGGACAGACCCAGAGGGAGACGAGGUCAGGUAUGAUAUUAGCUUUGAAAACGGCUUUAAAGAGUAUCUUCGGGUCGAGCCCAAGUCAGGACAAGUCACUCUGAUCCAGGAACUGGACCGAGAGGUUGAAGAUGAAAUUGUGGUGUUGGUCAGCAUCACUGACGGCAGGAACAAGGUGGUCGAGAAAGUGCGUGUGUUCAUCUCAGAUGCUAAUGACGAAAGGCCUGAUUUUCUCGGACUGCCCUACAUCGUAAAUGUGCCUGAGGACACGGAGGCAGGACGCAGCAUUUUUAAAGUCCGAGCUGUGGAUAAAGACCUCGGCUCUGGAGGAAGUGUCACCUAUUUCCUGCAGUCGUCUCCCAAAACCAAGUUCACCAUCGACGGUCACAGUGGCGUCCUGCGUAUCAAAGCGGGCGAAUCUCUCGACUACGAGACGUCCAGCACACACUUCAUCACCGUGGUUGCCAAGGACGGUGGGGGUAAAUAUAAUGGGAGACACCAGGUGAUGACAUCAUCAGCCACCAUCACCAUCAACGUCCUCGAUGCCCAGGACUCGCCUCCUAGUUUUGUUGGAACGCCGUAUUUCGGAUACGUUUAUGAAGUGUCAGAGCCUGGUUUGGAGAUUUUCACAGUGACGGCUAGAGACGGGGAUCAGAAUGACCCUAACCCUGUCCACUACUCUCUCAUUAAUGGAAGUGACGGCUCCUUCAGCAUCAACAGCUCCAGCGGUUCCAUCAUCCUGAUGUCACAUCCUGUCCAGCUGAAAAACGAGUUAUAUGAGCUGAAAGUGAAGGCCUCGGAGCUGGGGCCCGGGAACGAGCUGCUGGACUCGUGGGCCGUGACGGUGGUGACCAUCCGCGUGGUGGAUCUGAACAACCAUCCGCCCACCUUCUACGGCGAGAACGGCAAGCAGGACAGAUUUGAGCUGACCAUGUGUGAACAUCCUCCUGAGGGAGAAAUCCUGAGAGGGCUGAAGAUCACCGUAAAUGAUUCUGACCAGGGAGCGAAUGCUAAGUUCAGACUCAGACUGGUCGGACCUGGACGCGUUCUCCGUGUUGUUCCUCAAACCGUCCUCAACGAAGCCCAAGUCACCAUUAUUGUAGAGAACUCAAGUGCCAUUGACUACGAGAAACACUCCUUCUUAACGUUCAAGUUGUUAGCGGUGGAAAUCGACACGCCGGAGCGCUUCAGUGCCACAGCUGACAUCGUAAUCCAUCUCCGCGACAUAAAUGACAACAUUCCCAGGUUUUCCUCGGAGUUCUACAUUGCCAGGGUCCCGGAGAACUCACCUGGAGGUUCCACAGUCGCAUCGGUCACUGCGUCGGAUCCGGACUCGGGGCUUUGGGGAGAAGUGAAAUAUUCCAUCUAUGGCUCCGGAUCUGAUCUGUUCCUCAUCCACCCCACCUCUGGGAUCAUCUACACUCAGCCAUGGGCAUCUCUAGAUGCGGAGGUGAAGUCAAAGUAUAAUUUCUACGUGAAGGCAGAAGACAGUGAGGGGAAGUACAGCCUGGCUGAAGUCUUCGUCACGGUCCUGGAUCAGAACGAUCAUUCUCCAGAGUUUAACCAGAACUUCCUGGAGAAGACCAUGAUCCUCGGAGCUCCUGUAAAGAUAGAGGCAGUGGAUGACGAUGCUGAGGAACCCAACAAUGUGAUCGAGUACUCCAUCAUGAAGGCCGAGCCAGAGAACGUUUUCGACAUCAACAGCAGCACGGGCGAGAUCAAGCUCAAGCCAUUCAUCAAGUCCAUGGAGAUGGUGCAGAACAUCACCAAACAACAGGACUGCAAGUGGUCAGUGGUGGUCCAGGCGCGAGAUCGAGGUUCUCCAUCGUUCAUGACCACCGCUGUGGUCCAGCUCGACAUCACUGAAGCAAAUCAGCUCUCUGGCCCUGUGGCGGCGUUUUUAAUGCAGAGCAGAGACAAUCCAGCAAAGGCGUUGGGUGUGGCCGCCGGGGUCAUUAGUGUGAUGGUUAUGGUUACCGUGGUGAUCUCCACGGCGAUGUACCUACGCAACACAAAGUCCAACAGGAUCGGACCUUCCCGCCGUGUCGUCCGCCGCCGCCGUGGAGAACCCCAGCAGUGGAACCUCACUCUCGGAACCUCGCAGAACCCUGACAGGUUCCUCACUGGUCAUGAUGUGGAAAGCAACAUAAAGAGCGACAGAUCAUGGUCCAAACCUCCACCACCGUGUGCACCGCUCCUGCCUCCACCUCCACCGACUAACAACUCCAGGAUGAGCAAGAAGCAUGACGCCGUGCCCACUGUCUCAGGAUCCCUAAGCUCAUGGAGCUCCAGCGAGAGAUCUGUCAGCAGCAGAGAUACAGAAGAUCAGCCAAGUAAGAGGAGAGAGGGCAACGUCAGCUCAGCACUGGUCUCCGAGCUGAAGAAGAGGCUGGAGCAGAAGAUCAUCGAGGCUAAUCAGGGCUACUACUGCUGAAAGCACAGGCUUAGCAAACAUGCUAGCAUAGAUCCUCACUGCUGAAGCCACCAGAUUAGCAUAGAUCACUUUGCUAUCUCAAAAAAACAAAACAGAAGCAAGAGUUAAUAAUCAGGAUUCUGCUUCUGCUUUUUAUACACAGUGUAUGAAGAAAUAUUGAUACGAUAAUACUACUGCUACUGCUAAUAAUAAUAAUAAAACGAAGCUAAGGUGAAGUGUGUAAAUAGAGCUGAAGCGAACGGUUCGGGUUUCACUAGCUAACGGAAGAAACAUCUAGAAUUAAACGGAUGAAAUGUAUCAUUUAUCAUAGUUUAGCAUGCGGUUUCUUCACACCGCUCUGACUCUUAAACUCCACUGUGCUAAUCUGAUUGCUAACAGAGGAACAAUGGAAUCAGAAUUUUUCCACUUUAUUUCUUUCGAAACGCAAAAUUUUCCUUCUUUUUUUCAAAUCUGUUAGCGAUGACAUGUUUGGUGUCUGAACUUUUUUUGCCCUACAUUCCCACACAAAGUGUUGCUUGUAGUUAGGUUAUUGUGGGCGUGGCCUGUCCAGCGUUUUUAGGUCUGAUGUCAUACGAUUGUAAAAAACUAGCUGUUUAAAUCCGAUCUAAACAAUACACUUGUUUACAACCAUAAAUGCUUGGCUACGCAUUGUCUUCUGUCUUCAUACUAACCAUGCUAGCCCAUCUCUGCUACUUCCUUACAGCUCUAUGUCUCUUUAUAACAUCCCUAUACAUAUAUAAUCCGAAGAAUUGUUCAACAGCUAAUCGUUUGCUAGCAUGAAUGUAAGGUUAGUGUUGCACUGGAGCUAGGAAGCUACUGUAGCUAACAAGUAAUGUGUAACAAUUUUCUGUAAAGUUUCUGCCUUAAACCACAUCCACUAAAUGUUUCUCUGGAACUCCUUAUUUGGUAGCAUGACUCCACACCCUAAGUCCCGCCUCCUUCUGGUUUGAAGGCAGAAGUUUAAAUAUGUAAAUAUGCUGUACACUACAGUUACUGCACGAGGGAAAAAUAUUUAAGACCCUUAGGAAGAAAGAGUCAAGAAUGAUUAAGAAUGAGUUAAGAAGGUUUUAAUGUGUUUAUGGACAUUAGACACCAGACAUCAGACAUGAAACAUCAGACACCAGACAUGAAACAUCAGACACCAGACAUGAAACAUCAGUCACCAGACAUGAUACAUCAGGCACCAGACACGGAACAUCGGACAUUAUACAUCAGACAUUAGACAUCAGAUAUGAGACCUCAGACACCAGGCAUAAGACAUCAGACACCUGACACCAAACAUUAGACAUGAUACAUCAGAUAUCAGACACCAGACAUCAAACAUCAGGCAUGACACAUCAGAUAUCAGACAUCAGACACCAAACAUCAGACAUGAUACAUCAGAAACCAGCCACCCAACAUCAGACAUGAUACAUCAGAUAUCAGACACCAGACAUGAUACAUCAGACACCUGACAUCAGACACCAAACAUCAGACAUGAUACAUCAGAUAUCAGACAUCAGACACCAAACAUCAGACAUGAUACAUCAGAAACCAGCCACCCAACAUCAGACACCAGCCACCAAACAUCAGACAUGAUACAUCAGAUAUCAGACACCAGACAUGAUACAUCAGACACCUGACAUCAGACACCUGACAUCAGACAUGAUACAUCAGAUAUCCGACACCAGACAUGAUACAUCAGACACCUGGCAUCAGACACCAAACAUCAGACAUGAUACAUCAGAUAUCAGACAUCAGACACCAAACAUCAGACAUGAUACAUCAGAAACCAGCCACCCAACAUCAGACAUGAUACAUCAGAUAUCAGACACCAGACAUGAUACAUCAGACACCUGACAUCAGACACCUGACAUCAGACAUGAUACAUCAGAUAUCCGACACCAGACAUGAUACAUCAGACACCUGGCAUCAGACACCAAACAUCAGACAUGAUACAUCAGAUAUCAGACAUCAGACACCAAACAUCAGACAUGAUACAUCAGAAACCAGCCACCCAACAUCAGACAUGAUACAUCAGAUAUCAGACACCAGACAUGAUACAUCAGACACCUGACAUCAGACACCAAACAUCAGACAUGAUACAUCAGAUAUCCGACACCAGACAUGAUACAUCAGACACCUGGCAUCAGACACCAAACAUCAGACACCAGUCAUCAGACAUGAUACAUUAGACAUCAGACACCAAACAUCAGACACUUCUCGGCUUUUCUUUUCUUUUCUUUUCUUUUCUUUUCUUUUUUCUUUUCUUUUCUUUUCUUUUUAUAUUUGCUACUUUCCUCCCAAGUAGGGUUUUGUACUCAACACUUGCAUGUCUGAAUCUUUUAAAGCACUGCUUCUUUAGUCAACUCUCGUAACAUAAAAAAAUAAAACAUAAUAAUACGCAAAAAUACGUAAAUGUUUUACAAGAAAACUCUAAAUCAGACAGAGCUGAUGUUAAACUGCAAACUGUAACACCAUCACACACACCUCACAUCUCACUACCAUCAUCCUGAUUCAAAACCGUUCCAGCGGAAGUGUCUCACUGGUAUAACACAGACUUCUGGAAGUUUCCAUGCAGAUCCUUUAACACUCUGAUGAUGAUGAAGCUGUAGAGACGCCUGGUUCUGCUCUGAUGAUUAAACUCCAUGAUGCUUUACGUCUGUUUCCACUCUUUCACGCUGAUCUGAAACUUUACUGUCUUUGUUUUGUUUUCAAUAAAUAUGAACAAACACAUGACUGUGACACGUGAGCAGCUGUUUCUCACUCCCACGUCAGAAAACAUUGUUUAUUAAAUACAAUAAGAGUACACACACACACACACACACUGUAUGACAUUUAAAACCCCACAGUUUUUAUCAGGGUUGUUCCCAGUACAGUCCAGUUCAGUCCACACAGUGAUGUGAACAUGUGUUAGUUUCAUAAAAAAAUCAACCAAUCAGUGAUCUG